AUGGCCGCUCCGCUCCCGUCCAAGGAGGCGACGCUGUUCCGCCAUCUCGUGCAGCACUACGAGUCGAAGCAGUACAAGAAAGGCCUCAAGGCGGCCGAGCAGAUCCUCCGCAAACACCCCAACCAUGGCGACACGCAGGCGAUGAAGGCCUUGAUCCUGAACAAUCAAGGCAAGCAAGACGAGGCGUUUGAGCUCUGUAAACUGGCGCUGAAGAACUCGAUGAAGUCGCACGUGUGCUGGCACGUCUACGGCCUGCUCUACCGGAGCGCCAAGAACUGGGAGGAAGCCAUCAAGGCAUACCGCUUUGCCUUGAAGCUGGAUCCCGACAGCCAGCAGAUCCAGCGAGACCUGGCGCUGCUGCAGGUGCAGAUGAGGGACUUUGUCGGCUUCGAGCAUAGUCGUAACCAAAUGCUGCAGGCGCGGCCGCAGCUGAGGCAGAACUGGACCGCAUUGGCAGUUGCGCUGCAUCUCAAGGGCGAUCUCGAAGCAGCCGAGAAUGUGCUGCAUCGUUUCGAGGAGACCCUGAAGCAGCCCCCACCACGCUCAGACAUGGAGCAUGCAGAGGCAGUACUGUACAAGAACGCGAUCAUUGCAGAGCAGGGCGACUACAGCCGCGCACUCGAGCACCUCGAUUCGAUAUACCACUCGGCCUUGGACCGGACGGCCGUCAUGGAGCUGAAGGCAGAGUACUUGUUGAAGCUUGAGAGACGAGAUGAGGCGGAAAAGGCGUAUCGGGCCUUGCUACGCAGGAACGCAGAGAUGAGAGCGUACUUUGAAGGUCUAGAGAAGACUCUGGGCCUGGAUCGCGAAAAGGCUGAAGACCAGGACAAGCUCCGAGACAUUUACCAGUCCUACGCCGACCAGAAUCAGCGCAACGACGCCGCGCGACGCAUACCGCUCGACUUCUUACACGGGGAGGCGUUCCGGAAACACGCCGAUAGCUACCUGCGAAGAAUGUUCUCGAGGGGCGUGCCAAGCACAUUUGCAAACGUAAAGCAACUCUACUCGGAUGCCCAGAAACUGCAAGCAAUUCAGCAACUGGUGGAAGGGUAUGCUGCAGAAAAACCACAAGCCAACGGCAGCGCAGAGAAGAGCCAGGCCAACGGCAGCAUCGACGGCUCACAUCAAACGAAUGGCGACAGUAAAGCACACCUUUGGCCACUUAGCGUCAACUACUUCCUUGCGCAACACUACAACUACUACCUUUCGCGAGACCUCAGCAGAGCACAGGACUACAUCGACAAGGCCAUCUCCCUGAAUCCUUCCAAGACCGACUACACGUACCACAUGACGAAAGCGCGGAUAUCUAAACACCUCGGCGAUACCGAGACAGCUUCGAAAGCGAUGAAUGCAGCACGAGAGAUGGACCUCAAAGAUCGUUACAUCAACACGAAAUGCGCCAAGUAUCAACUCAGGAACGACGAGCAUCAAUCUGCGACUGACACGAUGGGCUUGUUUACUCGCAAAGAAGCCGUUGGUGGUCCCCUUGGCGAUCUGCUCGACAUGCAGUGUGUGUGGUUCAUCACCGAAGAUGGCGAGUCUUACUUACGGCAGCGCAACUUCAGCCUAGCCUUGAAGCGCUUCAAGGCCGUCUACGACAUCUUCGAGGUUUGGCAAGAAGAUCAAUUCGACUUUCACUCUUUCAGUCUGCGCAAAGGUGUAGUCCGCGCUUACGUCGACAUGAUCAGGUGGGAGGACAAGCUACGAGAACAUCCCUUCUUCACUCGAGCCGCACUAUCUGCCAUUGGAAUCUAUCUUAUGCUGCAUGAUCAGCCGGAAUUGGCGAGUGGCCAGAUUAAUGGUACAGCUGAGAGCGCUGCCGAGAGGAAGAAGGCAGCAAAGAAGGCAAAGAAGGAGGCUGAGAAAGCUGAGGCCGAUCGGAAGGCAGCAGCUGCCAAGAAGUCCCAGCCGCAGAAGGAUGACGAGGGGAACGCAAAGAAAGAAGAUCAAGAUCCGAACGGCCUCGAGCUGUUGAAGAGUGCAGGAGAAAAGCCACUUGAGGAGGCGAUGAAGUACCUGAUCCCAUUGCUGGAGCUCAGUCCGAAGAACAUUGAUGGGCAACUGGCUGGAUUUGAGGUCUACAUCCGACGAAAAAAGUAUCUUCUCGCGCUCAAGUGCCUCUUGGCUCUUCAAAACAUCGACCCAAACCAUCCGAAAUGUCACGAACUCAGCGGCCGCUUCAAGCUUGCCCUUGACAAGCUCUCGGAGCCUUUACCAAAGGAGGUCCAAGAGGUCGUCCAGGAUCUCUUUCUCGGCAAACUGGACUCCCUAUCGCUUGGGCAGCACAACGAGGAGUAUCUUGCGAAGCACAAUCACAGCGCCGAUCACAUACAUUCAGUCGUGCGCCUGAGAAGUGCGCUCAACCCAGGCGCGAUAGAGACGAAGUCGCAGGGCGUGCAAGAUCUGCAGAGAUCCUUGGAACUAUCAAGCGUGACGUUACAACAAGCAGAGGCCGGCUUGGAGCUUUUCGACGAGAUCAGGGCUGAAGAGGACGCGAGGCGAACAUACCUUGAGACGGCGAGGAAGCGUUGGCCCGAGGCCACAGUUUUCAAGUCAUAG